UUCUGUUACGCUGUGACAGGAUUUGAUUUUGCUUCUGACUCUAAGCAAGCAACACUGUUGAUUACGUGUUGGGAAUGAACACAAACAUUUUGUUAGUGGCUGGGUACAGAGGACAAGUAUGAGAUUUCUUCACUUUCUGUACUGUUUGUACAUUCUGGGCUAGGCUAACCAAAACACAUGAAUACACAUACACUGUGCCAUCUCCUGUGCUGUGAUACCCUUUCAAACAACACUUACCUCCUGAAGCUUGAAAAAGCCUGCUGGACCAGCCCAGAUGGAUGCAAUUUUGAACUGCAGACUGGAGGAGUUGGAAGAUUACUACAACUUGCUCGGAUGUGAUGAACUAUCUACGGUUGAGCAAAUUCUUGCAGAAUUUAAGAUUAGGGCCCUUGAAUGUCAUCCUGACAAACACCCAGGAAACCCCAAAGCAGUGGAGAAUUUCCAGAAGCUGCAGCAAGCUAAGGAGGUUCUUAUUAAUGAAGAGAGUCGAGCACGCUAUGAUUACUGGAGGAGAAGCAAAAUCACCAUUCCUUUCCAGCAGUGGGAGGCUUUGAGCAGCUCUGUGAAAACGUCAAUGCACUGGGCUGUCCAAAAUAAGAAGGAUCAAAUGCUGGAAGCUCCUGACUUGAACAAUAGCAACAACUUAACUAAUGAGAUUUGGACCCAGAAAACUGAAAACAAUGAAGAUGGAUUGUCUGAUGGGAACAGAGAGCAAGAUGUUGCAAUUCCUGAUGUAAAACCACAGUCUUCAAAGAAUCCAGACUCCCCAAGAUUUUCAGAGGCAAACUACUGGCACUUACGUUUCCGCUGGUCAGGGGAUGCCCCAUCAGAUCUUCUGAGGAAAUUCAGAAACUAUGAAAUCUAAAAUGCAAAAUACACAGGAGUGUGAGGUCAUCUAUUCAACAAUUCAGUAUUUUUUGCAGCAGUUUGAAGUUAUUUGUAUUUUGUAUUCAUUCAUUGUGCUUUGAAUGUUGUCUGAAUAAAUGUAAUGUCUGUAUCUGUUAACACACAUUCUAUGAGUAUUACAGGCAGAGUUCUGUUUUAAUAAGGUUCAGUAAGCAGAGCCCUUUUCAGUAUUAAUGUAGAGUGAUUUGGUGUAGCUAUCUAAUUUUUUGUAUAUUGUUUCUUGUGUUUUUAAAUACUGUGUAGUAAUAGUAAUUGUAUUCUCAGCAGAACCAAAAGUCAAUGCUAGAUUCCAAGAUAUUCCUAUAUUAAAUGACAAUCUACCAAAAGCUGUAUGACAAUGAACUUAAAACUGCUUGGUUCUAAACUAUGUACUUUGGUUCUCUCUUGCGUUGUACUCACUGCAGUGAUUUGUAAUGCAUGCAUUCACAAUACUUUUACAAGCCUAACUUGUUAGACAGUUGUAAUUUUGCAAUAUAAAUAAAGUAAGAACCUUGUUAUUAUCCAGCAGGUGACUGUAGUGGAUCAAGUACUCUCAAAAAUCACUUUCAUUCUAUCAUAAUAGGUAAGCUUUUUGCACCAAAUGCUUGUUUUAGAAGGCAAUUCCAAAACCUUGCUUUAUUGGACAGAAACUCUUCUUGUUAAGAUUUGGUGGUGGAAAUCUGAUACCUCUAGUAUGUAUGCCAGCCUUGUCCUAGUGUAAUAGUUACUUUCUUCCCUUUGGUGGCCUCACAAACCACAUACAAAAUCCUGAUAUGACCCUAAGUAUGAAGUAUCAGGCCAGCCUGCAUUAAUAUGUUUAAAAUCUUACGUGAUAAGUUUUUGAAAUGUUGAGUGACUUCUCAAAUUCUGUGUGUGUAUUUUGCAUUUGCUUCCUUUUUUUGUAAUCCUGACUGAUACAUCAGCUAAUUGACAUUGUGUUUUUUGUGUGGGCAAGUGAUUCUGACAGCAACAAAUAAAACUACAUGCAUACAGAAA